AUGUCGACCAAGAAGCUCCAAGUAGGCGUCGCAGGUCUCGGCCGCAUGGGCAAGCGCCACGCCCUCAACUUCCACCAGAACGUGCCCCGCGCGACCCUCGUGGCCGUCAGUUCGCCCGACGCCGGUGAGCGCCAAUGGGCCGCUGAGAACCUCGCCCCCCACGGCGUCACCGUUUACGAAUCUUACGACGACAUGCUCGCCCACAAGGGUCUGGAAGCCAUCUGCGUGGCAUCCGCGACCUCUGUCCACGCUGAGCAGGCUAACAAGGCCAUUGAGAAGGGCAAGCACGUCUUGUGUGAGAAGCCAUUGGGUACCACUGUCGAAGUUUCACAAACCGUCGUCGACGCAGCCGCAAAACGCCCAGAUCUAAAAGUAAUGUGCGGCUUUUCCCGCCGCUUCGACGCCUCCUACCGCGACGCCCACGCGAAGAUGCAACAAGGCCUCAUCGGCCGCCCCGCCAUCCUACGCAGCCAAACGUGCGACGUUCUUGACCCCUCGGGCUUCUUCGUCGCCUACGCCCAGUUCUCGGGCGGUAUCUUUGUCGACUGCAGCAUCCAUGACAUCGACCUUGCCCUCUGGUUCUUUGACGAGGAGACCACCAAGGUCAAGUCCGUCCACGCCGUCGGCAUCACGGCCGUCGAGCCGGACCUGCGGAAGCACAAUGAUCGCGACAACGCCGUUGGCACGGUCGAGUUCUACGAUGGGCGGAUCGCGUAUCUGUAUGCUUCACGCAUGAUGGCCGCGGGCCAGGAGGACUCUACGGAAAUUAUUGGUACCAAGGGCAAGCUGUCGGUCAACCUGUUGCCUGCGGAGAACCAUGUAAAAAUUUACACGCCGGGAGGCAUCCGGCAAGAGCUGCCGCAAACGUACUGGGAUCGGUUCAGGGCUGCUUUCACAACUGAAGCGAUUGAGUUUACCGAGAGCGUGUUGGAGGAUAAGCCUGUGCCGAUUAAGUUGACUUCUGCAGUGGCUGCCGUCAAGAUCGGUGCGGCGUUGCAGGAGUCUAUGAUCAAGGGUACCAAGAUCUGGUUUGACGAGCAGGGUAACCGGACGGAGAAGGCUCAAUUGUAA